AUGUCAUCUUCGCAAUCUGCCGGAGUGUCUGGUUCUUUGACAGAUCCUGCCCAACUGCCAAGGGAUAUUGAUCUGUCCCCUGGACAACCAUUAGCUUCCAAUCAACCUUCUGGCAGCCUUGGUGUCAUUGGUCGACGGAGUGUUUCUGACCUUGGUGCUAUUGGUGAUAACCUUGGUGGAACAACUGUGAAUUCUGGGGGAAUGCAUGAUCAGUUAUAUAAUUUACAGAUGCUUGAGGCUGCUUUCUAUAAACUUCCUCAACCCAAGGACUCGGAACGUGCAAGGAAUUAUACUCCAAGGCACCCUGCUGUAACCCCUCCAAGCUAUCCUCAAGUACAGGCACCCAUUGUUAACAAUCCUGCCUUCUGGGAACGUCUUGGAGCCGAUAAUUUCGGCACAGAUAGUCUCUUCUUUUCAUUUUACUACCAACAGAAUACCUAUCAGCAAUAUCUGGCUGCUAAAGAGUUGAAGAAGCAAUCAUGGAGAUACCAUAAGAAAUUUAAUACAUGGUUUCAACGGCAUGAGGAGCCAAAAGUUGCCACUGAUGAUUUUGAACAGGGGACGUAUGUAUACUUCGAUUUCCACAUUGACGAGCCACCAAAUGGAUGGUAUGCUUUCUCAACAAAUUUGAUUACAUUAUCUGCACAUAUUGUUUGA